AGAGUGAGAGUGAAAAUAGGGUCAAAAACAGAAGCAAAAACCACAUAAAACAUUGCAUCUUCUUCUUCAUGUUUUAAACAACAAUCACUCUGUUAUAUAAAUAGGACAGUGUUAAGGUCUUUCUAACAUCGGAAGGUUUCGUGAAAGGGAGAAAACAGAAAAACAAAACAGAAAAAAGAAGAAGAUAGCCAUGGCUGCUAAAAGCUUUAGUUUAGAGGAAAUAAAAAACGAGACUGUCGAUCUUGAGAGGAUACCAGUGGAGGAAGUGUUUCAACAACUGAAUUGCACCAGAGAAGGUUUAUCAUCCGAUGAAGGUCAGAAGAGGUUGCAGAUUUUUGGCCCUAAUAAACUCGAAGAGAAAAAGGAAAGCAAGUUUUUGAAAUUCUUGGGGUUUAUGUGGAACCCUCUCUCAUGGGUUAUGGAAAUAGCUGCGAUCAUGGCUAUUGCUUUGGCCAAUGGAGGGGGCAAACCACCAGACUGGCAAGAUUUUGUGGGUAUUGUUGUAUUGCUUUUCAUCAACUCUACUAUUAGUUUCAUUGAAGAGAACAAUGCAGGCAAUGCUGCUGCUGCUCUCAUGGCUGGUCUUGCUCCUAAAACCAAGGUCUUAAGAGAUGGAAGGUGGACUGAACAAGAGGCUGCUAUCUUAGUUCCAGGUGAUGUGAUCAGCAUUAAGUUGGGAGAUAUUAUCCCAGCAGAUGCUCGCUUGCUUGAAGGAGACCCUUUAAAGAUUGAUCAGUCUGCUCUCACUGGCGAGUCAUUGCCUGUUACAAAGCACCCAGGUGAUGAAGUCUUUUCUGGGUCUACUUGCAAGCAAGGUGAGAUUGAAGCAAUUGUAAUUGCUACUGGUGUGCACACUUUCUUUGGCAAAGCUGCUCAUCUAGUCGAUAGCACAAAUCAAGAGGGCCACUUCCAGAAGGUGCUGACAGCUAUUGGGAACUUCUGCAUAUGCUCCAUUGCGUUAGGAAUGAUUAUAGAGAUAGUUGUCAUGUACCCCAUUCAGCACCGGGAGUAUCGUAGUGGUAUUGAUAAUCUUUUGGUGCUUCUCAUUGGAGGGAUUCCAAUUGCUAUGCCGACAGUUUUGUCUGUGACAAUGGCCAUCGGCUCCCAUAGGCUUUCACAGCAAGGUGCUAUUACCAAGAGGAUGACAGCUAUUGAGGAAAUGGCUGGAAUGGAUGUCUUGUGUAGUGACAAGACUGGUACUCUCACUCUCAAUAAACUUACAGUUGAUAAGUCCUUGAUUGAGAUAUUUGCGAAGGAUGUGGACAAAGACACUGUGAUUCUGUAUGGUGCUAUGGCCUCCAGGGUUGAGAAUCAGGAUGCCAUUGAUGCGUGUAUUGUUGGGAUGUUGGGUGACCCAAAGGAGGCCAGAGCAGGCAUCACUGAGGUGCAUUUUUUGCCAUUUAACCCAGUGGGGAAGCGCACGGCUAUUACAUACAUCGACUCAGAUGGCAACUGGCAUAGAAUUAGCAAAGGCGCACCAGAGCAGAUCAUUGAACUGUGCAACCUGAGGGAUGAUGCAAAAAAGAAGGCUCAUGCCAUAAUUGAUAAGUUUGCUGAUCGUGGACUUCGCUCUCUAGCUGUUUCUAAACAAGCUGUACCUGAGAAAACCAAGGAAAGCCCUGGAGGGCCAUGGCAAUUUGUCGGUCUCUUGCCACUUUUUGAUCCUCCGAGGCAUGACAGUGCUGAGACCAUUAACCGUGCCCUUAAUCUAGGUGUCAAUGUCAAGAUGAUCACUGGUGACCAGCUUGCAAUUGGCAAGGAAACUGGUCGCAGGCUAGGCAUGGGAACCAACAUGUAUCCUUCUUCUGCUCUCCUUGGGCAGAACAAGGAUGAGUCUAUUGCUGGCCUCCCCGUUGAUGAGCUUAUUGAAAAGGCCGAUGGCUUCGCUGGAGUAUUCCCUGAGCACAAAUACGAGAUUGUGAAGAGGCUGCAAGAAAGGAAGCACAUUUGCGGGAUGACUGGAGACGGUGUGAAUGAUGCUCCAGCAUUGAAGAAGGCAGACAUUGGAAUUGCAGUGGCUGAUGCUACCGAUGCAGCUCGGGGUGCAUCUGACAUAGUCCUGACAGAGCCAGGAUUGAGCGUUAUCGUUAGUGCUGUCUUGACAAGCAGAGCCAUUUUCCAGAGAAUGAAGAACUACACCAUUUAUGCAGUUUCUAUAACCAUUCGUAUUGUGAUGGGAUUUAUGCUUCUUGCUCUCAUAUGGAAAUUCGAUUUCUCUCCUUUCAUGGUUCUGAUCAUUGCCAUACUCAAUGAUGGAACCAUCAUGACUAUUUCCAAAGACAGAGUGAAGCCAUCUCCUCUACCUGAUUCAUGGAAACUCAAGGAGAUUUUUGCUACUGGGGUUGUCCUUGGUACCUACCUAGCUAUCAUGACUGUUGUGUUCUUCUGGGCAGCUAACAGUUCUGACUUCUUCUCUGAUCAUUUUGGUGUUAGAUCCAUUAGAGAAAACCAUAAUGAGCUUACAGCUGCAAUCUACCUCCAAGUGAGCAUAGUCAGUCAGGCACUCAUCUUUGUCACUAGGUCCCGUAGCUGGUCUUAUGUUGAACGCCCUGGUCUCCUGCUUGUCGCUGCCUUUAUCAUUGCCCAGCUGAUUGCUACACUUCUUGCUGUGUACGCCAAUUGGGCCUUUGCAAAAAUCCACGGUAUCGGGUGGGGAUGGGCUGGCGUUAUUUGGCUCUACAGCAUCGUCUUCUACAUCCCUCUUGAUGUUCUGAAGUUCGCCAUCCGAUAUGCUUUGAGUGGCAAAGCUUGGGACAACCUUGUCCAAAAUAAGACUGCUUUCACAACCAAGAAGGAUUACGGGAGGGGAGAGAGGGAAGCCCAAUGGGCCGCUGCUCAGCGUACCCUCCAUGGACUGCAGCCUCCUGAAACUGCAGAAAUAUUCCAAGAUAAGAAUUACAGGGAAUUGUCUGAGAUUGCUGAGCAAGCCAAGAGGCGUGCGGAAGUCGCAAGGUUAAGGGAGCUUCAUACCCUCAAGGGGCAUGUUGAAUCAGUGGUGAAACUCAAGGGACUUGACAUUGAGACCAUUCAACAGCACUACACUGUUUGAUUCAGAAAUUGCAACUAAUAUGUUGGCAAAGAAUUUUGGGCGAUAAACGAGAAAUCUGGACUAUGAGAAUUAGGGUUCAUUCAAUUUCGUUUUCAAAUCCUUUCUUAUUUCAUUUUGAGGAUUUUGUAGGAUGCAAUGCAACUACGCAAGGGUUGGGAAUAAGACAUGUAAGAUUGUGUUGGACAAUCAUGGGUUGGAAAAAAAUAAUUUCAUCAGGAUAGCAUCCCCUGCUACCUUUGUAUUUUUGUUACAUUACUUCUCAAUGUGAGAUUCCCUAUUUUUGCUUCUAGCA